AUGUAUUCUGCUAGCGAGUUAGAAGAAACUUCCGUUCCCGACCGAUGGGAGGUGUGCCGGUUUUGCCUGGAAGCAAGACCUAGUUUUUUGUGCGUUCUCUACGAACCUCUGGGCACGAGUGUUUCCACCGUUAGCAGCAUCAUCAAAGAAUCUCUUUUUCUGCUGCAGAUUGAGAUUGCGGCUGGUGAUGGUUUGCCCAACUGGAUAUGCACCAGAUGCAAAGAGCUUCUGUACGCCGUUCACCGAUUCAAACGGACGACACACGAGACUGCCACUCGUUUAGCACAGUAUAGGCCGCACAGUGGGACAGUUUCAGAGCCGCUGGAAUCCGCUGAUGUUCAGCAGGAGAAUCUUCAGCCAGUCCUGGAGGUGGACCUUGAUUCGACGAUCGAAACUUUAUCUUCAGCUGCCUCAGCCGCGGACGAUGAAGAGCUUCCAUAUCUACAGCAGCAGCAGCUCUUGGUGGAAGAGAAUGAAUCUGCCGGCGACGAUGAAGGUGUAGAUACGAAAACCGACUAUUUGGACGGCGGAUCGAAGUCCGACAUCACCUUAAGCCUUAAGCUGGAGAUUCUGGCCCAACCUAAACGGGAACAUCCACAGUGCCCGAAGUGCGGUGUGCAAACGUCUGCCUUGUCCGUCCACCUGUGCUCGGACUCGAACGAACGGCCUUACAGGUGCACCGAGUGUGAGAGAUGCUUCACCACGGUGAAAAUCCUCCGAGCCCACUUUGUGACGCACGAGUUCGAACGGCAUCACGUGUGCUCGAUUUGCAAUCGGGGCUUCCACUACCGCUGGUCACUGGCCAAGCACCUGCGGACGCACACGGGUGAAAAACCGUUCCCGUGUCAGCACGAAGGCUGCUCGAAACGGUUUGGCAGUUCGUCGAACCUUCGGCAGCACGAAAAAUUACAUAUUCGCCUCGACCAACGGCAGCAUAUCUGUGAUGUUUGCGGAGACCACUUUGUGAACCGAAACGGGUUGCAAAGCCACCGAAUGUACAAGCACAAGCAGUGAACGGGGACCGAAGGCACGUCGUCCUCGGGUGGCAGGACGACA